CAAGUCGACAUCCAUUUAGUCCCGUGGAAGUCAUUUACCGUGGAUGGGGCGAAUGGAGGAUCGCGCAGGCGGAGUAUGUCGGUCUUUUUCCCUCAUUCACCCGGCGCUCCUACUACCGUCUACCUCGGCUACAUUGAAAAAGCUACCGGCGACGCUUGAAAGACGGCAGUGCUGGCUGUGGAGCGCUCUCCUUCUGACGCUUUCACGUUAUCCCCCAACUUCUAAACCAACUAGUUCGGCGAGUACCUGUUGUCCGGCGCCCGCUCAACGGCUCCUUGAGCAGGGACUGACUGCCCAAGUAACGUUUUUGCUUGACCCUGGGUCGAUAGAGACGAAGGAGAUCAAACGAAACGUCCAGUCAGAAAGGAAGAAAAAAAGCCAUGACGAAAGCAUUGAAGUGCGGCUACCUACUGAGAUACAAACGUCGGCUAUUCAGCCGUUACUGGCGAGAGGAGUUUAUCGUCCUCUACGAGGAUUCGUCGAUGGCCUGGUUCAAGGACAAGUCACGCUCCGACCCGGAGGGAGCCUUGAUGCUGAAAGAAGCUCCCGAGCUGAUGGCCAUGGGCGAAUACACGCUCCGCAUCCCGCAUCCUCGGCCGAGCAGUCUACCACAAGGCUGCACCGUACGGCAGGUCAUGGCUUUCGGCACGCCCAACCGGCAAAAAGUCCAUUGGUUCGUCGCCAAGUCCGAGGAUGAGAUCAACGAUUGGAUGACUGCCAUCAGCAAUACCUUGCCGAUCCCGCCCGGCCUGUCUGUUUAUGGUGAGCCAGUAGAGGAAAUAACGUCCAACAUCUACGAGAGUAUCGAUCUGCAGCCAGUUGCAGCCGUUAAGGCCAUAGAAAAACAGCAGCACCUACAACAGCAGGAUCAAGUUGACGUGAUUGGCAGUCAUCAACCGUGUUGUUUGUGCGCCGCUUCCGGCCAUGGAUGCGGAGUUGUGGCGUCAACAACAACGGGACCCGUCGUUCCCGCCAUCACGGCCGCUACGGCGGCAAUUAAAAAAAAGGAUACGAGCGUCAACUCUUCGCUGGGCGAAAUAGCCACGGGAAUGAUGCUGGCUACAGGAUUCGCCCAUUGGGGUUGGGGUUACGGCCUUGGCUGGAACAAGCCCGAAAAGUCCAUCAUCGGUGGUUAUUUGGAAAACAUGGCUUACGAUGAUGGAUACUACGGACGGGAUUCAAUGGAUACACGCCAGAUGGGCAGCGGAUGUUCCCAACAACAUCACUACGAUCCAGACUAUGACGAUUGUCAGGAUAAUGAUUUCGACAUGGACUUUGGUGGAGAUUUCGGCUUUUGAAUCUUCUAUUGACAUCCGAGAUGGUCGAUGUGUACGUUCGGCGUCGCAGUGAACAACUCGGAUCGAUUGAUGUUGUACAUCAGCCAAUCUAUUCCAUUUAAAAAAAAUAGCAACAACAAAUUCAUUUUUGGUAUUUCUCUUUAUACAUUCAUCAUAAUCUCUUUUUUCCCCGCUCUGUCUUGGCAUUGAUUGAAGAAUAAUCUUCAAAUCUCCCACAGUCGUAUGCAACUGUUGUUUGCAUCUAUUUAUUUAGAUGAGAUAUUUUUAGCUUUUUUUUUAAAGGCGAUAUGUGUGUCACAUGGUGAUGAGUCAUGUUUGUUUUUUUCUUCGAUUCGUCUUUCCCGAUAGGAACCAUCCAAAAUUUUCCAAAAAUAAUUGUGUUACCUUUUAAUUAGAAAAAAAAGAGGGAAAGGUAAUAUUGAAAAUCGACAUGUUCUUUUUUCUCACCUUGUCGAUUGACACCCAUUUUCACGGCGUGUGUAGGCGUGUGUGCAGAACUUAAUAACUUAUAAUUCCGUUAUUGUGCCAUGUGUGUAUUUCCAUUCAGUGUGUCUCUCUCCGCCCCUCGUAAAAACAAACUUGCCCGGCAGUAGCAAACAGAACGGCACGGCUCCAGAAUAGCUCA